UCAGCUGCCACUGGUCAUCCUUUAUUUUCUGACACGUAACCUGCAUCUCACACAUUAGCACUGACAAAAUAAUUUUACCGUACAGUGAAACGUAAAUACCCGACCAAAAACCCGAAUCCGGGAAUGUGGGAUCUUUUCGCAUACCCACUUCACUUUUCAUCAUCAUGCACGGUCAAUACGUUUCUGAAUAUUGCCAAACUCUACUUAACUAAUACUUAUGUACACGUUGAGAGAUUCCGUCUGACAAAUUACGCACCAACUUUCUCCAUGUGAUCAUACUUUACAUAGAGUGGAAAUAUUUUAAUUCCUAUUUUUCUAACUUAUUUUCUAACUUAUUCCUUACUUAUCUUAAUCAAAGAUGGGCUGCACAAUGUCCAUCGAGGAGAAGGCUGCCGUUGCACGGUCCAACGAGAUUGAUAAGUAUUUGGCAGAAGAAGCUUUACGGUCAAGCAGAGAUUUUACUUUGCUACUUCUCGGUGGUGCAGAAUCAGGGAAAAAUACGAUAAUACAGCAAAUGAGAAUCAUAUACGGGGUAGGAUUCACCCAAGAAGAUUUAAACACGUAUCGCCCUCUCAUCUACAACAACACGAUUUAUUCAUUCAUAAGCAUUUUAAGAGCUAUGCCCAGUCUUGGGAUAAGUUUUCGCAACAAUGAGAGAGAAUUUGAUGCAAAGCUGGUGUUUGAUACCGCACAAAGGUUCCAUGACACGGAACCAUUUUCAGAAGAAUUGCUUCUCGCCAUGAAAAAACUCAGGGACGAUGCGGGGGUGCAGGAAUGUUUUUCAAAAUCGAACCAGUUUCAGAUAAACGAUUCUGCCCAAUAUUUUCUAGAUUAUUUGGAUAGAAUUGGGAUGUCCAACUAUGAGCCGACAGAACAAGAUAUUUUGCGCACCCAUGUCAGCAUUUGUGGAUUUAAUGAAAUCACCUUUCCCAUUGGAAACUUGAACUUUACAAUUUAUGAUAUUCCCAAUGUGCGUUGCGGAAGUAGGAGAAAAUGGAACCACAUUUUUGAGACAGCGACAGCCAUCAUGUUCUGCGUCGCGAUGUCGGAAUAUUAUCAGGUUUUAUACGAAGAUGAAACCACAAAUCGCAUGCAGAUGAGCUUGUCAUUGUUUGAUUCAAUUUGCAACAACAAGUGGUUCACAGACACGCCGAUCAUUCUAUUUCUGAAGAAGAUGGAUUUAUUCAAAGAGAAAAUUAAAAAGUCUCCUCUCACUCUAUGCUUCCCAGACUAUAAAGGUCGUGGCGACGAAAAUUCAGCGGUGGAUUAUAUCAUGACCCAAUUUGAUGUCAAGAAUAAGUCGACGACAAAAUCAAUAUAUUUCUACAAGACAUGUGCACUGGAUGGAUGGACUAUAAAAACUGCGUUUGAUGACAUUGUUAAGAAUCGUUUAUACGAGGGUUUCUGCACUUAUUAAAUGUGAAGGUAAAAUUGGGGAAAAAUGGUAUUCAUUAUUUCAAGUCAAAUUUGCAUAUUUUAUGUUACUGAAUUGUACCGCAGAAUUUAUUUAAGGUAUGGAAAUCAUUUAAGUUUGUAUUUUUUGAUAAUAUAAGUAUUUGGGUUGAUUUUAGUAAAUCUAUACUAAUUGUAAUAUUAAAUGUGAUAUAUAGUUAGUUAUAUACCUAUCUAUGAUUUUAUUAUGAACGCACAAAAUUUAUUUCCCAAGUAAAUUAUUAUUACUGAAUAAAUUGCUCCUUAUUGCCCUUCAA